CAGUACGAACGAUGAACCUGGCGGCGGACGAGGGAAGGCAAGCCUUGGUCAGGCAGGUUUCGGACCACCUCGUGAAGGGGAACCUCCGUGCCGCGGAGGCUCUCUUGAGCCAGCGGCAUGCGUGCAACAAGGUCUUCUACCACUCCGUCAUCAGUGCGUGCGCGAGGGCCCGCUGCCCGGGCGGCGCCUCGUGGACGGUCGACCGCAUGGUACAGGUGGGCUUCGUGCCCAACAUUAUCACCUUCAACUCCGUCCUGGAUGCAUGCGCCAAGGCAGCGGACGUCCCGCGGGCGGUCGAGUGGUUCGAGCACAUGCAGAGUCAGAGGCUUCAGCCGAACAGCAUAACGUACAACACCAUGAUCAGCGCCUUCUCGCGCGCUCACGACCUCGUGGGCGCCGAGACGUGGAUGAGGAAGAUGGUAAACGCGGGCAUCGAGCCCUGCGUCAUGUCGUUCAGCACCAUCAUCGAUUGUGCCGCCAAGGCGGGCAAGAUGGACAAAGCAGAGGAUUGGUUUCAGGAUAUGCUGAUGUUCGGAGUUUCCCCAGAUGCGGUCGUCUUCAACUCCCUCAUCAACUCGUGCGCGAAAGCGUCGAGUCCUACCAAGGCCGAGAAGUGGUUGCUGAAGAUGGGGGAGGCUGGGUUCCGCCCAGACGAGAAGACGUACAACUGCGUUAUCAGCGCGUGCGCGAAGCUCGGGCUCGUCGAGCGGGCGGAGUACUGGUUCCAUGAAAUGGAGAAGAACGGAUACAGGGCCGACAACGUCAGCUUCGCAUCCAUCAUCCACGCGAACGCAAAGAAUAUCGACUUGGGCAGGGCGGAGGAGUGGUUCGAGGCGAUGCUGGGCCGCCGGCUCUCCCCGAACAUCGUGUGCUUCAACACCAUGCUGCACGCGUGCGCGCAGAAGGGGGACGCCGCGGCUGCGCUGAAGUGGUACAGGCGCAUGCUGUCUUGGGGGGUUCGGCCCAACACCAUCACCUUCAACAGCAUGGUGGACACAUUUGCGAGGCAGCGCGACCUGGGUAUGGUCAAGGAUUGGCUGGAUAAGAUGGUGGUCGCCGGGCACGCGCCGGACAACGUCACCCUCUUCACGCUGGUCCGCUUCUGGCAAGGCGAUGUGGCCAGCAGCGCCGGCGGCGCAGACAGCCACGUGCAGUCGUGCGACCUGAUCGCGGAGGCCUGCCGCGGGGCCGGAGACGCCGAAGGCUCCCGGUACUGGCGGUUGGCGCGUUCCGAGGCGCCGUCCAGGGGGCGCUUUGGCAAGACCGCGUGGCCUUUGGCGCUCGAGCUGCGGCGGGGCCACGGCGAGGAUGCCUGGACCAAGGCGGCGCCGCUGGCGCAGGCGCAGCCGAUUCGCUCGCAGUCCACGCUAGUGCCGCCCAGUAUUGACUAUUUCGAGGCCGCGGGCGCAGCCGAGCACGCCGCAGAUUCUGGCGCCGCCAGCGCUGGCUCGCAGCCGUCGGCCCCCGGCACGGCGAGUUGCUUUCCCUCUUCGAGCAGCUCCCAGUCCAUGAGCGAGCUGCCGAUCGAGGACUGGAUGCUCGCGGCGGCGGCCUGGGACCAGGGCGAGGUGCCCGUGUGCAUUCGCCUGAGCCUGUGCGUUUCCGCGAGCGCGGCCGCACACAUGCUCGUGUCCGUUGCGGCGUGCAGUGGGCGCGAGCUCGCGGCCCUGGAGGCCGAGCCAUCGUGGCGGCUGGACGACCUGCUCGCGGCCGUGCCGGAUUUGGGCGGGUGCGGCGGGGCGGGCGGCUGCAGGCGGCGCAUCUUCUUCGGGCAGGCGGAGUUGUGCGGAAACGCGACGUUGGGUGAGAUCGGAGCCCAGAGCGGCAGUGAGUUGACCAUCGUGGUCACCAGGGCGCGCCUGACUUGCUACGGCGACGGGGCGAAGAUCUGGUCGGCGGAGUCCGGGGAGCGCCUGCACACGCUGCGGGGCCACCAGGGCGCCGUGCACUCCGCGGCAUUCUCGCCGGACGGGCUGCAGGCGCUCACCACCUCGGGCGACGGGACGGCAAAGGUCUGGGCCACCGCCUCUGGGGACUGCCUGCGCACGCUGCGGGGCCACCGGGGCGCCGUGUCCUCCGCCGCCUUCUCGCCCGACGGCCGGCGGGUGCUCAGCGCCUCGUGGGACUGGACGAAGAUCUGGGACGCGUGCCUGGGGGAGUGCCUGCGCACGCUCCGCGGCCACGAGGGCCGCGUGCUCGCAGCCGGCUUCUCGCCUGACGGGCAGCGGGCGUUGACCCUUCGUGGGACGAAACAGCGCGGAUCUGGGCGGUGGGCUCUGGGGAUCGUGCCUGCGCACGCUGCGGGGCCACCAGAGCGAGGUGAACUCCGCGGCCUUCUCACCAAGCGGGCUGCAGGCGCUGACGGCCUCCGACGACGGCACGGCGAAGGUAUGGGCAGCCGAGUCCGGAGAGUGCCUCCGCACCCUGCAGGGCCACCAGCUACCCGUCAUGUCCGCCGCCUUCUCGCCAGACGGGCAGCAGGCGGUUACCGCCUCGGUGGACCGGACGGCGAAGGUCUGGGACGCAAGCUCGGGGGAGUGUCUGCGCACGCUGGAGGGCCACCAUGA